AUGUCUCAGCUUCCGCCAGCCGAUGACAAGUAUACCAAGUCGGACCAUGUGGAGGACUGCAACAAUGUGACUAUCAUCGAUGAUUUCCAGGUGCUUGGGCUGGCGGCCGAUGAUGCAAACUUCUAUCGCGAGUUCUCGGCGGAGAGAAGGAAGAAGGUAUUGCGGAAGGUAAGGGAACAAGCAGAUACUCUCGGUCUCAGCAUUGAUGUUGGAAGAGCAAGAAAGAAACUUACAUUCCUUCAGGUUGAUAUACGACUUGUCCCCAUGUUAUCCAUUCUAUACCUCGUCUCUCACCUAGACCGAGCCAAUAUCGGGAAUGCAAAGAUCGCGGGACUCACAGAUGAUUUGGGUCUAAGUGGAAUCCAAUACAACAUCGCACUGAGUCUUUUCUUCAUUCCAUAUGUCCUGCUCGAGGUGCCGAGUAACAUGCUGCUCAAGAACUUCGCCCGGCCGUCGGUCUACCUGGGAAUUCUUGUUAUCUGCUGGGGAAUCAUCAUGACCCUGACGGGAGUAGUACAGAACUUCGGCGGACUACUGGCCGUGCGCAUUUUGCUGGGAAUCUUUGAGGCUGGCUUCUUCCCAGGUGCCGUGUUUUUGUGCUCCUUUUGGUAUAUGCCCCGAGACCUGGCCACCCGCAUAGCUGUCUUCUACUGCGCCAGCGCCCUGUCGGGAGCAUUCUCUGGCCUGCUAGCUGCUGGAAUCGCCAAGAUGGAUGGCAUCGGCGGCUACCACGGCUGGCGGUGGAUUUUCUUGCUCGAGGGUCUGGCCACGGUUGUCCUAGGCGUGCUAUGUUUCUUCCUUUUGAUCGAUGCGCCCCGGUUCUCUGGGAAGUGGUUGGAUCCAGAGGAGAUCCGCUACUUGGAACUGCAGCAUGUUAUCAAGGAGGGAGGUGCGUUCAAGGAUGAGAAGAAGAAGACUUCGUGGAAGGAUGUUCGGGCUGUGAUGUUGAACUGGAGGAUGUAUUUGCUGGCUUAUAUUCUGCUGUGCCAGUCUGCCUGUUCUUAUGGAACCAAAUUCACUCUUCCGACAAUCACCCGAGGCAUGGGCUUCCAAAACACAAACGCCCAGCUAAUGACAGUCCCGCCCUACGUAGCGGGCGCCAUCUCGGCCAUCUUCUUCUCAAAACUCUCAGACCGGUUCUACUGGCGCAUGCCAUUUGUAGUAGCCCCGCUGCUCCUCGUCGUGAUCGGCUACGCAAUCAUCAUCGGACUACACGGCGAGCUAGAAGCGAACCUCGGACCGGGCUUCUUCGCCAUCAUCCUCACCUGCAUGGGCAUCUACCCGACACACCCGGCCACAACGUCAUGGACUAUGAACAACCUGGCGCCGUCGAGCCGGCGCGCCAUCGGCAGCGCGUUCAAUAUCUGCGUGGGCAAUAUCGGCGGCAUCAUCGGGAGCUAUAUGUACCUUGAUCGUGAGGACCCGACCUAUCCGACGGGCUUCGGCUUGUCUCUGGCCUUUGGGGGCUCGGCGCUGCUGGCGGCUGUUGUGCUGGAGGUUUCGUUUAUGUGGGCGAAUCGGCGCAAGGAUGCGUUGAGUGAGGUUGAUGUUCGGGAGAGGUAUAGUGAUGAGCAGUUGUUGGAGAUGGGGGAUGAGUCGCCUCUUUUCAAGUAUACGUUGUGA